AUGAAUAUAGAUAAAUUUAAAUGUGUUUUUAAUAAUGUUGUUCUAAGAAAUCAUAUAUUCAAUGAAGUUUAUAAAAUAAAUCAACAAAUAGUUCAGUUUUAUCAGAAACAAAUUAGAGAUACAGUAAAGGUAUACAAAUGGAAUGAAUUGGUGGUGAAUAAACCUGCUUUAGCUGGCAAUGGCUAUUUAGAGUUAUUGGAACAAUCAUACAAGACAAAUAAUGAAGGUACUCCUAAUUGGGUGGUGAUGAUCAAUACUAUUCGUGGUGGGAGUAUCGAGGUUCUCCUGUUUUUGUUGCAUCAAUUGAAAUGGGAUGUCAAAGUGAUCAACCAGACACUUGUGGAUCGAGCUGUCAAUGUAACAAUAGAACAUGCCGAUAUGCUUACCUAUGCAACUCUCUAUGCAAGACUGGAUGUUAUCGACCAUCUAAUGACGAUAGGCGAGAUGAACGAUCAAUGGGACUACUACUAUGCAAUGGCAGUCUCUCCGUUGACCGAUCGAUUGGAUAUCGUAGAGAAAAUGGUUGGCAUAAUGAAUGACCAAACUAUGUUUCCCGAAGGAAUAACUACCAAAGGAAAUGUAAGGAGAUCAACGAGAAAAGGUUCGACUGUCUUUGAUUUCGCUGCGUACAACGGUAAUUUGAAAAUCAUCGAUUGGCUGAUUGGUCAGCGCGCACAAGAUAUUGAAUACAGUGAUGUCUAUAUUCCUGCAAUUCUCGGUGGUCGACUACAUGUCUUAGAGUAUCUUUAUGGUCAACCUCUCAUUGAAUCACUAUUUCACUUGGGUACUGACAGUGAUUUAAGAUAUCUCUAUUGUGCAAGUCAACAUGGUAGUAUCGAUAUCAUUCAAUGGAUCUAUGCAAAGCGAACGACAAGCGAUGAUCAACAACUACAAGACGCAGCAGUAUCAAGAAAGAUGAUAUUCUUCAAUAAGAAUAUCGCUAUAUUCAAAUGGUUGUACUAUAAAAAUCUUAUCGAUAUGCGGAACAUUGAUUCAUAUGUGAUGAGUGCAAUCAGCACCAAAAGUCUGGAUGUUCUCAAAACCGCAACGAUAUUACAAACAAUACAUUCAAAUCGUCUAGAGAUACUACAGUGGUUCUUUGAAAACAGCAUUGCACUACAAAUUCCAUCAAUAUCCACACCACAAUACCUUUAUGUUGCCAACGCACUGAAUCACCUCGAAAUGGUAGAAUGGAUGUUGAGUAACUUAACUUUUGAAGAAAUCGAUCAAGAUUCAUUAAAAAAACUUAAAGACAAUGAAUCUAAAAUUAAAAUAAUGUAUAAUAAUAAUAAUAAUAAUAAUAAGAAUAAUUAUAAUUAUAAAACUUUAAUAGAUAGUAUUGGAAGUCAAAGAUCUAUAUUAAAUUUACCUUCGUUUCCAAUACAAUGUUUUAUCGAUCAAUAUCAAGCUAGUAUCGAUUCAUUUCUAGAGUAUGAUUUGGCUCAACAUCAAUUACAACAUAAUCAAGAUGGAAUGAUGAUGGCACUACCACUACCACCACCAGCUCCACCGGUUACUUCCAACUACUUGCCCGAUGAGAUGGUUCGUACUCUCUUGAAGCUACGUGAGAGUCGACCCGAUCUAACCUCCGUAGAGAGUAUCAUCAUGUUGAACAAGAUAGAACUACAAAGAAUGACUGAGAAAUCAUCGGAGGAAAUCAGUGUAUUUCUCAACUAUCUAUCGAAUACCUUGCUAUAUAGAUUAUAUACUUCGCCUACACCAUCCGCAGAUGUUGCUAUUGGUAGUGUUCAACCAUUAUUGACAAUGGUUACGGCAGCAGAGAUUGAAUCAUUUCCGAUUUCAAAGAUUAGGCUGUCGACUGGCUCGAAUGUACUGGAUCGUCAUUUACAAGGUGGAAUCAUGCCGAGUGGAAUCACAGAGAUAGUGGGUGAAUCGGGUUGUGGAAAGACACAGCUAGCAAUUCAGCUUUGUAUUCAGGCACAGCUACCGUUUUCACUCGGUGGUAUGGAGGGUGGUGCAGUCUACAUCGUAACAGAGUCGAACUUCCCACACAAACGUCUAUCGCAAAUGAUUGGGAAGCGUCGACCUAUCAUCGAAAAACUAUUGCAAAGAAACAGUGAAAAUAACAAUAGCAGUAAUAGUUUAAAUAUACAAUUCGAAGAUAAUAUUAUUAUACAUAAAGUACCUACUGCCCAGCAGCUAUUGACCGUAUUGACACAACAGUUUGCAGAACUGAUAUUCAAGAGAACCAUUAGAUUGCUUGUUGUCGACUCUAUCGCUGCACUGGUUCGUUCAGAGUUUGGUACAGAAUCUAAAGAUCUAAUAGAGAGAACUAAUUUACUCUGGGAGAUAUCCAAUCAACUAAAGUUAAUAAGCGAAGAACAUGGUAUUACAGUGGUAGUUAUUAAUCAAGUGACUGAUUAUUUCGACAGUAACAAUAUUGAAAAUCAACCACAACAAAACAUCAAUAAUAAGGAAAACAAAGAUGAAAAUGAAGAUGAUUCAAUGGAAUUAGAUUUGAAUUUAGAUGAUGAUAAUAAUAAUAAUAAUAGUAAAGCAAUUGUAAAUAAUAAUAAUAAUAGUUUAAUGGUAGUAUCGAAUAGACCGUUAAAAAGAAGAAAGAAACCCCUGGUACCCGUAUUUCAAAGUAGUAAACAACAACAUUCACCGUUUUUAGUCAAUGGUAAUGUUAAUCCUAUGGGUGGUAAUGGAUUUGGCGGAGUUUCUACCAAGGCUGUCAUACCUGCGCUUGGUCUAUCGUGGGCACACUUUGUAAAUACUAGAAUCAUGAUGUUGAAAACGCAUCGUAAUAUCCAGAAACCAGGUGGAACUUCAACAUCAAUGUUACCAGUUCGUCAGAUGAAAGUAAUUCUUUCAUCCAGUUUACCAAACGAUACAUUUCAUUUCUAUAUCGAUACACAAGGUGUUAUUGGGCUUGAUGAAAACAACAACGACAAUAACAAUGAUAAUAAUGAAACAUCUUUGGAACUUGAUUAUUUUAGUUCAGAUUAUAAAUUUUAA